GGACAUUUACCCGGCCAUCACCAUCGAUCACUCGUUGACCUUAAUGGGUUGGUUGCCUGCUGGUAGCUCAGGGACCAAAGAAGCAAAAUAGAAAAAAAAAAAAAAAAAAAACAAGCUUGUGCGCACUCGAUUGACCGAUCCUCAGGAAGGCACCAAAACGGAACCAGAAGGAAAGAGAGAUCAAUCGAUCCACCAACCAAUCCAUGGCGUCCACAACAAAAGACCUCGAAACUCAAAUCCUCUCCUCUUUCCUCCUGUCCAGAGCUUCGCUCCAGGACAUAAUCUCCCUCCGACAGUUCACCGAGUUGUUCCCCAAGGACCAACGGUCGAACCCCCAGAUCAAGCUCCUCUACCGCGAGCUCCAGCUUCUCCGGAACAAAACGUGCGAGCGCGUCAAGAAGAGCAUCAGGCACGAGGUUGCGCUGGGGGUCAAGCAGCGCAGCGAGCUCGAGAAGAAACGGAGGGCGUUGAGACGCGUGGAUGAGGAGACCAUGACUGCUAUUGAGGUGGGUUCCUCUCUUUCCGUUUCGCCCUCAUCCCACGGGGCGAGGGCGCCCUGUUUCCUUACUGCGGUGGAGGGAGCUUCCAUCUAACCACAACGGCGCCAUAGUUAUUCGGUGCAGCGCCCAUGGAACCGAAACUCCCGCUCAAGGAAUUGCUGACGCAGAUGAAUUCUGCUGUGGAGGAUUUGGAUGCCGAGUUUAAUGCUCUUGAUGACGAGUGUGAUACGAUGCUCGAGGAGCUCAAGUCCACUAUUGGGGACCUGAGCGACCUUCGCUACGGGAGAUUUGCCGCUUCCGACACGGAUGCAAGGAUUGUACGCGAUCUGGAGAACUUGCACGAUACUUGCGAAAGGGUCUUGAAUCCUCCUCCAUAGCAACCUUAUCGAGAAAACAGGAAUGUUG